AUGUCUAGUACGGACAUACUAGCCAAGGCUGUCCCACAGCUUCCCAUAUUCAAAAGGUGGUCGGAUGAGGAACUCAAGCUCCAACGUGAGGUCAUUGAAAAGUACGAAGCGGGAGUUAGACUGUGGACUAAAGAGAAGCUCCUCGGCAUAGAAAAUAUGAUUGCAGGCAAUGGCGGCAUAGUGCGCACCUCGCUCUAUGCCGGACGAGGGAAUUAUACUGCUCAAAAGGAUAUGGGGCGUUUAUACAAGGUCGAUUUUCAUGGUUACCGAGCUAUGGCUUUUCCGCCUGUAACGCGGCCCGAAGGGAUGCCAUACAGCCCUAUGACCAUUAGCGAGAAGACAACAUACACCUUCGUACCCAAGGACCUUGACGAACAGAAAGAACUAUUUACCCAAUGCCAAGAUACCUGGGAUGAAAACCCGAUAGGGCAGCACUUUUACUCGACCUUCAUGAGACUUCCGUUACCGCCAUAUAUCAACAAGAUUGUAUGCAUCGGACUCGGCAACUUUAUCGCCCCGCGUAGCGGUGAUGAGAACCCCGGCAUGCUGAGUCUUGCUAUGUUAAGGCAUGCGGCUGUAGUUACCGUCGCCGAGAUACUGUUCAAGCGAUUUGGCCGUCAAAUACAAAUUUUCGCGCAGGACGUUAACUAUACCCCUAACUGCGCGGCAGUCCUAUUCAAAAAUGGUUUCUCCGUCGUAGGUCAAUAUGGAGCAGGCGGACUCGCCGAGAUCGACGACAAGACGUUCGUGUUUGCUCCCCCCUCGGACUUCUGCCUCAAGGAGAUCGUAGCGGAUAUCGCAAAACCCGCAGCUAUGUUUUGGGGCACGGUUUCGACACCGGCAGAAGCCGAUAUUUCAAGCAGGGUCCGUCAGCGUGUUACCUUCGGGGACUAUAUCACGUCCACCUGGAAGUAUGUGUCUCUCGUUACCUAA